AAUGAGCUGGUCAGACCCUGCGUGGGGGCUGGGCUGGGCACUUGAAGCAAGCUCUGUAAACAGAACCGGAAGUGAGAGGUCUUCGAUUGUAGCAGCAGCUUUGCUAUCCAUGGUGGAGGGCAGAUAGAAUUUGCCUUUAUGCCCCUUUGGACCCCAAAGCUGUGGGCGGGACCCUCCAGUAGGACGUUGGCCAGUGUCCAGGGGCUCUCUUACUUUUGGGAGUGGGGUAGAAAAGAAUUUCCUCCGCUAAUUAACAGUUCGGAAAAGCGGAGUAAACAGCCCAUUGUUUGCUGUGACUGUAAUCAGAAAAGGGUUCCUAUAAAGGUUUCUGAGCCAGGACUUCCAGUGUGGCCUGGCCCGCCCCUUCCUGGGCUGGUCUGAGAGCUCUGGAAACCGAACGGUGCCCCGAGAUGGAGUCCUAUAUAGCAAAGAGUGGAGAAAGGUAGAUGGCAGUGGCGAUUUCUUCUAGAAGGCUGGUGGGGCAGAUGAAGAGAGGCCAAGCAUCAAUGUGUCAGUCCCUGUACAGAAUGAGUGGUACAGGCAAGCAACAGCACAGAGAGGGAGUGAAAUUCACUAACUGGACAGGGCUGGAGGUGUGUCACAGCUGUGCAGAACGUGCAGACAGGGAGGCCCUGGUUUGCUGGGCAUGGGGGCACGGAUGACCCCAUGGGACUGGCAGAGCUAGGCAAGGCCCUGCAGAGACUCGGGGUCUCAAUGUGGCUGGGUUUGAAGUGGGAGCCCACGAUGGUGAGGACGGGGCCCUGCAGCCAGGUGGGGUGUGGGGCAUUUCCUUCUGCAACAGCAGGAUCCAGGCUGCUGGGACCAGCUUUGUCCACUGGGGAGCCUGCAGGUGGCAGUGAAGAUGUGGGGGCCUUUGGGGUGGGGGAAGAUAGGGGUGCAUGGAGGCUGGGGCCACAGUCUUCAGUGAGCAGGUGAAGAUGGUUGGGAGGUGGAGCCUCCCGUCCCCACCACGAUGGGAAGAGACCUUGUCGUGCCCUUGGACCUCCUGGUGAGGGAGUGGAGGCGCUGUGAGGGGAGCCAGAGAGGCGGCCUGCCAUCCCUGUUACCCGUGUGCCUUCUACAGCUGGGCUCAGUCCUCCUCACGCCCCUGAGAUGCCACGUUGGGGACCUUCGGCCUCUUGAAGCUGGGUUUCAAGUUUCAGUUGAGAGACACCCAGGAGCGUGCCUGCAGGGCGCUGGAAGCAUGGUGGCACCAGGGUGGAGUGGGCCCUCUGUCCUCACCUGCACACGUGCCACACGCAAGUCUAAACACCCCAGUUAGGGGACAGAGCCUACUGGGCCAACAUCCAGUCUGGUGUCCUGCUGCUCCACAGCUGAGAGGCGCAGGGAGUCCCACCUCCAGACGCCACUCAAAAGAACACCUGCAGUUCCCUCCUUUGAUGAACAGGGACCACAACAAACCAAAAAAUGAAGGGUUCUGGGAGGAGAUGCUCCUGACGCACGUGUGGCUGUGAGUUCUGCAGCCCUGCCCCUGUCCCUCCCCUUCCUGCUGUUUUGCACACAGAGCCACUAGGGACUUGGUGUGGCGGGAAGGCUGUACUUCUUCAGUUUGCCCUGGAUUCCUGGUCCGCACUACACCUGGGUCCAGCCUGCAGCCCUGGGGAUCAGGCAGAGUUAGUGAGAGACAGAGAGACAGAGAGACAGAGAAAGGUCUUCCUUCCGUUGGUUCACCCCCCAAAUGGUCGCUACAGCCAGCACACUGCGCCAAUCCGAAGCCAGGAGUCAGGUGCUUCCUCUGGUCUCCCAUGCGGGUUCAGGGACCCAAGCACUUGGGCCAUCCUCCACUGCCUUCCCGGGCCACGGCAGAGAGCUGGACUGGAAGAGGAGCAACUGGGAGAGAAUCUGGCACCCCGACCGGGAGUAGAACCCGUGGUGCUGGCACCUCAGGCCAUUAGCAGAGAGCUGGAUCAGAGGUGGAACAGCUGGGACUCAAACCGGAGCCUCUUUGGGAUGCUGGUAUGGCAGGUGGCGGCUUUAUCCCCUACGCCACAAUGCUGGUCUCUAAAUUUAUCAUUUUAACCAUUUUAAGUGUACAGUUCAGUGGCAUUAAAUACAUUCCUAUUUUUAGGUAACAAUCACCACUGUCUAUCUCUAGAAUUUUUUCAUUGUCCCUGAUUGAAUCUAUGUCCCCACUAAGCAACUCGCCAUGUCCCCUUCUUCCAAGGGACAUAUCAUUCUAGUUUCUGUCAAUGGAUUUGACUGCUCUGAGUAUCUCAUGUAAGUGCAAUCAUUCCAUAUUUGACUUUUGGUAACUGGCGUAGUUCACUUAGCACAGGGUCCUUAAAGCUCAUCUGUGUGCCCUCAUGGGUCAGAAUUCCUGUCUCUUUUAAGGCUGAGAAAUACUCCACUGGGCAUUUACACCUUGUGUUUAUCCAGGCAUCCACUGACGGGCACCUGGAUUAUUUCCUCUCUUUGGCUGCUAUGCGUGAUGCUGCUGCAAACACGGGUGUUCUGUUGGAGUCUCAGGGGGCCUUGGUGUUUGUUUGUUUGUUUGUUUGUUUGUUUUUGAGUGUAUCCCUGGAAGUGGAAUUGGUGGAUCCCGUGGUGAUUCUGUUUGCUAUGUAGAAAGUGCUUUUGUGUGCCUUGUGAUCAAAAUUGGCCUUUCCGGCAACCGUAGGAGGUAAGUAAGCUUUCAGCUGCUCCUCUGGCUCCAAGAAAUGGUUGCCCACAGUGAACGAGUCCAUAGGUGAGUAUUAUCCUCGCCUCAAACUCUGCUUCCUCAUUGGUCGGUCACCACGAAGUCGGAUCCCAGUCAGGUGUCUUAUCUCCUCGGGAAAAUGUCCUGGGUAUAAGCAGCUGGUCACUCCCACUGUCCACCCUCACCGUGUGCCCUGACCAUUCUGUCUUUGUUGGACCGAGUGUGGAGCCUUUGCCCUCUGCAAGGAGCAGAGGCUGCGUCCACGGCCCCCAUGGAACCCCAAGGUUCCUGCUUUCAGUCUGUGUCUCCCUCUUCCAGUUCAGACCUGGUCACCUGAACCAUGAGGAUCUGGUGGCUCCUGCUUGUCACUGGAGUCUGCACGGGGAGUGUAAGCUCGCAGGACGCGUGCAGGCAAGGACACCCUGGCAUCCCUGGGAGUCCCGGUCACAACGGACUGCCUGGACGAGAUGGACGAGAUGGAGCCAAGGGUGACAAAGGGGAUGCAGGAGAACCAGGACAUCCUGGCAGCCCGGGGAAGGAAGGAAGGAGCGGAGAGAAAGGAGACCGAGGAGCAGAUGGAAAAGUCGAAGCAAAAGGGAUCAAAGGCGACCAAGGCUCCAGGGGGCCUCCAGGGAAGCAUGGGCCAAAGGGAUCUGUGGGCCCCAUGGGAGAGCCAGGCCUCCAAGGAGAGACCGGCCUGCAAGGGCAGAAGGGGGACAAAGGCGAUGUGGGUCCCAGGGGGCCAGAAGGCCUGACCGGCGACCCCGGACCUUUGGGCCCAAAUGGCUUACCUGGUCCUGUAGGCCCCAUAGGCAAGCCUGGCCCCAAAGGAGAAGCAGGCCCUGUGGGGCCGCAGGGGGAGCCGGGAGUCCGAGGAAUAAGGGGCUGGAAGGGAGAGCGAGGAGAAAAAGGGAAAAUCGGUGAGACCCCAGUCCUGCCCCGAAGUGCUUUCACCGUGGGACUCACCGUGCUGAGCAAGUUCCCGGCUUCCGACGUGCCCAUCAAGUUUGACAGGAUCCUCUACAACGAGCUCAACCAUUACAACGUAGCCACGGGGAAAUUCACCUGCCACGUCGCUGGGGUCUACUACUUCACCUACCACAUCACUGUCUUCUCCCGCAACGUUCAGGUAUCCCUGGUCAAAAACGGCGUGAAAGUACUGCACACCAAGGACGGCUACAUGAGCUCUGAGGACCAGGCCUCCGGCGGCAUCGUCCUGGAGCUGAAGCUGGGGGACGAGGUGUGGAUGCAGGUGACCGGAGGAGAGCGCUUCAAUGGCUUGUUUGCCGAUGAGGACGAUGACACAACCUUCACCGGCUUCCUUUUGUUCAGCUCCUAAGAUGGAGAAGACUUUGUACGUCUGCUUCACUGGCCGGCCGAAUCCCCCGGGGGAGGAUGCUCUGAGAUGGUUUGACUCCAUUAAUCCUAAAAAAGGGGAAACAGGAAAACUAAAAUUGAAUCUAAAACUGGGGCUGGCCCUGUGGCACAGAGGGUUAAGCGCCCUCCUGCAGCGCUGGCAUCCCAUAUGAGUGCUGGUUCGAGUCCCAGCUGCUCCACGUCCGCUCUAGGUCUCUGUUAAUGCAUCUGGGAAAGCAGCGGAAGGUGGCCCAGGUAUCUGGGCUCCUGCUACUCACGUGGGAGACCUGGGUGGAGCUCCAGCUCCUGGCUUUGGCCUUGCCUAGCACCAACCCUCAAGGCCAUUUGGGGAGUAAGCCAGUGAAUGGAAGAGUUCUCUGUUUUCCCCUUUCUCUCUGUAAUUCUGCCUUUCAAAUAAAUCUAUCAAACUGAGAUUACUAAAACAGAUUCUGUGGAAAAGAAAAUGUUUGCUCCCCUCCGUGACUACUGAGAGCGUUAAGCUGGGGGUGGUGAGAUGCUCCAGUCAGCUGCAGACGCUUCCCGAAUGUUCUCUAACAUGGACCUUCACUGCCAUUCAAGCCAGCCAACCGUCCAGCUUGGGCUGCUGGACCUGAUGACAUCCGCGAAGGCCCAAAGGCCGCAUUCACCGACACCGAGGGUUACAACUUCACUGUAUCUUUCUGGGAGGCACAGUUCAACCCACAGCCAUCUGCCCCCGUGCCUGCCCCCCAAAGCUGCCCUCCUGUGUCCGCUCCCUUUUCCGUGUGCAAAAUACAUUCCCCUUAUCCCAACAUCCCCCCAAAAGUCUAAACUAUUUCAACAUCAACUCUAAAUCCAAAAAUCUCAUCUGCCUGUCAUCAACUUAAAGUCCUAAAUCUUGCCCUUUAAGCCACUGAGACCUAUUGUAUGAUUUUCCUCCUGCAGCAAAAUUGCUCUCCACUUGGGAAUGCGUGCAACCAUGAAAGCUACCCGCUUUCACAAUUCAGUGAAGGGCCAGGCAUAGGGCAGGCAGCCCCAUUCCAAGAAGGGAUAAUUGGAGGAUCAAAGGAAUCAUGAGUUCCUAAGAAGUCCAGAAUCCAGCCGCAAAAAUUCCAUUAGCCUUUUUUUCACUGUGUACCUCGCUAAAAGUUUUAAAAUGAGGUACAAAGGAGAGAAGUAGCUACUGGACCAAGAUGUCAGAGUUAUAGUUAGAAGUGCAGAAUAGGGGUGGAUUUACUAAGAGAGUAGGUUCAAAGGGAAAGUUUUCCUUCAUGACUAUAGUGGACAUUUCUUGUUUUGUUUCCAUUUUGUUUGUUUGAGGGAGAGAGAGAGAGAGAGAAUCUCUCCAUCUGAUGUUCACUCCCCAGAUGCCUACAGCAGCCAGGGCUGGACCAAGUAUAAGCAAGACGCCUCGAACUCAGUCCAAUCCGGGCCUCCCACGUUCGUGGUAGGGACCCAAGUACGGCAUUAGCAGGAGGCUGAAAUCAGAACAGGAGCUGGGACUUGAAUGUAGGCAACUCCAGUAUGGGACGUGGGCCUCCCAAGUGGUCUUAACUGCUAUAUCAAAUGCAUGCCCUAAUGUUUCCUAUUUGAAUCGACACCAUAGAUUUCUCUUCCUUCUAGUACAAUAUCCUAAUGUCCACUUUCUGGUCAAGUCUUCCAAAUGGUAUAAACUUGAAUCUCUGGGUCAGGACCGGUGAUCAGAACAGCACCUUCCAGCAGCCAUGGUGACUUCUGCGAGAUGGCACUUGAUCCUGUCAGAGAAGCAAUGGCACAAUUUUGUGCCAAAAAGGGGGGGGGGCCUGCUCUUUGUCAAGUGCAGUCAGAACAGGGAGGAUGCAGACUUGAAGCUGACAGCACCCACUUUCUCAUCUGCAGAGCUGCAGGAUGAAGCCAAGUAGAGCUGGAAAUACCCAAGCUACAGUGGUAUGACUGGGGUCCCUACAUUUCACCUGCUGGGGACCUAUUCCCUAACCUGACAUGCUGAUGGUAUUGGGAAGUGGAGCCUUUUGGAGAUAGUAGGGUUAGAUAAGGUCGUGGGGGUGGGGCUUUAUAAGAAGAGGAAGAGAGGCCUGAGCGGGUGCACUUGUUCUGUGUCGCCAUACGGUGCCCUCUGCCGUGCUAUGACGCAGCACAAGGCCCUCAUCAGAUGCCGGGCACGUGCUGGCGCCGGCCCUUGCACCUCCCUGUCUCCAGAGCCAUGGGUUCAGUAAGUGUCUGUUCUUUACAAAUAACUCACUCUGUGGCUUUCAGUUCUAGCAACAGGAAACUGAGGGGGGUACCAGUCCUGAUGGCAUUGUUCAGGCUUCUAAAUCCUGCUGUAUCUGUAGCCUGAGUGAGCCCUGGACUAUUUUGCUCUGCAGCCAACAAUUUGUAUGCUUAAACUAGACUGGUGAGGUGGUAUUGCUGUUACUGCCACUCAUGUCUCAAAAAAAACAAAAAAACAAAAAAACAAAAAACUCAGGUGGUCCAAGGUCCAAGGACAGGGGCAACAUGGUACCAUGGAAAAAGCCCAGGACUAAGACUUGAGGGAUAUGGUUGUCCUCGUAGCCGUGACAGAGGAAUUUGAAGUUAGCCUUUCUGUGCUCCAGGCACCUGUUGUGCAGUAGUGUGGGAGCUUAAUAAUUUCAUGUGCUCCCAAUCUUUCUAAUUCUUCAAGUAAUUGCAUAUGCUAAGCUAAUAUAAUAGACUUUUUUU